AUGAAUCUAGAUUUCACUUUCAGUCUGUACCCUAUUUCUCCCACUGAAUGGGACGUGGAGAUUUUGCCUGUGAACAAUGUAACUUCUGAUGACUACAAUAUAAGAAUGAGCCGCCGCGCCGUGCCGCUCGCAAGGCCGCCCCGCCGCGCCGCGCCGCUCCUCCCGCCGCUCGCCGCACUCGCCGCGCCGUGCCGCGCCGCUCGCCUCGCUCGCCGGCCGGGCCGCGCUCGCCCCGCCUCCCCGCGCUCGCGCCGCUGCCGCCGCUGGUGUUGGAGGGGCCACUGCCGCCGCCGCCGCCUACCUGCCGGAAACAAGGCAUGUGCGCCGCCGCCGGACCCGCCUCACCGGCCCAGUACUAGGCGCCGGACUCAUCCUCUCCCCUGCUGCUGCCUCCCGCCGCCUCCCCCUUCCUCCUCUGGAUAUCGACGCCGCCGGCCAUCCCUCGGCCUCUUCUGGACACAAACGUCGGGCGUCCAUCCCUCUCCUUCAAGCGAACCAGCCGCCGGUGCUCUCCUUUCCUACAGCCCACGCAAAAUAUGGGAUGCACUAACAGGAAAUGAGCUACAUUCAUUUGAGCACAAGCAUAUAGUCCGUGCAUGUGCCUUUUCUGAGGAUACACACAUGUUGCUCACUGGAGGUGUGGAGAAGAUUUUGCGUAUAUACGAUAUGAAUCGUCCAGAUGCAGCUCCAAGGGAACUUGACAAAACACAUGGUUCUGUACGAACUGUUGCUUGGCUUCACAUUGACCAAUCUAUUCUAAGUUCCUGCUCUGAUAUGGGUGGAGUGAGGUUAUGGGAUGUGAGAAGUGGAAAAAUUGUGCAAACUCUUGAAACCAAGGCACCUGUCACCAGUGCAAAAGUAAGCCAGGACGACAGGUUCAUCACUACAGCUGAUGGCUCAAGUGUUAAAUUUUGGGAUGCGAAUCAUUUUGGGCUUGUUAAAAGCUAUGAUAUGUCAUGCACUGUGGAGUCAGCUUCACUUGAACCAAAGUCUGGGAGUAAGUUCAUACCGAUGCCACCAAGUGCAGACUUAUUGAUGAUUUCUCAAAAGAUAGCAAACAUUAUGUCGUGUCUAGAUAUGAUUGGAAAACAUGCUAUGUAGUGCUACUACACCAGCCGAAGUACGAAUUAUAGUCCCUCCUUAAUUCGGACACUCACGAACUAGCUUUUGCAAUUCACUCUAAUCAUUCAAUAUGUUGAAAACAAGAUCGGAUGUUAAAUAACCAUAGGAACAACACUCGACCGACAAGGCAACAAUGAGCAUGUGUAUCAUCAAAUUUUGCGGGUUCUUCAUUUUACUCCUUAGCCAACUACCACCUACUCCCUCCGUCUGGCCAAGUUAUGAUUGACCCGGUGACAAUUGCCACGGGGAAGGUAAUUAUCUUAGUGCUCACUAAAAGUUUUAGCUGCAUACAGUAUAUAAAACUCUUGAUUUUAAGUAUAGUGAACUAAUGAUGGGUAUGUUUGAUUAAGUCUGACAAGCAGAUCUCUCUUGCAUCUUAUGAAGCAGUGUGGCAGAUUUGGAAAGAGAUAAGUGGAGAUUUCUUUUAGGCCAAAGAUGUGAGUCCGAAAGAGUUAGUUUCUGAAGUUAUUUAGAGUGUUAACCUUCCGUUGGAGGUUUUGGCAGUUAGCCUUUGCUGCUGUACAGCCGAGCUGACUUAUUGACAUGCUCCAAAUUUUCUUUCUACUUUUUAAAUCUUGUUAUGUUGCCUCUUGGGUAGGUUUCAACCUGUUUCCUGUAGAAAAAAUAAGAUUGCAAAAGUACAUUAUUAGUAUGUAUCAAUGGUAGUGCAUAACACAUCAGAUUGUACACAAUGAUGGCCCUUUGUAUGGAAGAACAAGUGAACACAUCAACAUGUAUUUUUCGUGUUUGUACCUUCAA